AUGGAAGGAAUAACGUAUGUUCAUGAUAAUGCCAUCAUAGACAAGGGACCCCCUGUCCGUUAUCAUCUGAGGCUGGAGAAGAAGAACCUUGAUGGAGAUGAAGCUGGGUCCAAACUCAUAAGAUACACCCUUGGAAAGAAAGAUCCAACCAAGCCAAAUAAAACAAUCCUGCUGGUUGGAGAGACAGGAGCAGGAAAAUCCUCCUUUAUCAACUCUUUUCUGAACUAUGCAAUAGGAGUAAAAGAGGGAGACAAAGUUUGGUUUGAGAUUGUCAAUGAAACUAUUAAAGCCUCGGGAAGUGUGACAUCUCAGGUGAUAGUUUAUGAGAUCUAUGGUUUUGAAGGUAAAACUCUGCCAUACUCUCUGACCAUCAUCGAUACUCCUGGAUAUGGAGACACCAGAGGGAUUGAAAAAGAUGCUGUGAUUGCUCAGAAAUUGUAUGAUUUAUUUCGGUCAGAGGAGGGUAUACACACAGUUGAUGCAGUGGGACUGGUAAUGAAAGCAAGUGAUAAUCGAUUAAGUGACCGACUGCUGUAUAUUCUCAGUUCGUCGCUGGCGCUGUUUGGAAAAGACCUUGAGAAGAACCUUGUAGCUCUCAUCACUCACUCAGAUGGAAUGCCACCCACAGUUGCUCUAAAAGCUCUUGAAGAUGCAAACGUUAAACUGGCCAAAAAUGAGAGAAACCAACCAGUUCACUUUGAGUUUAAUAAUUGCCUGAGCACUAAAAUAACAGAAGAAACUGAGUUUGGGUUAAACCAGGCAUGGGAAGUUACAGAGAGAGGAAUGGGUGGAUUCAUAACAUUCCUGGAACAGACUCCACCUCAAAGGCUGGAGAAAACCGUGUUAGUCCUAGGCCAGCAGAUCAGAUUGGCAGCCUGCAUUAACAAUCUGGUAGACAAAAUUGAUCUGAACAAAAAGAAGCAGAAAGAGAUUGAAAAAACUAUAGAAUAUCUAAAGAAAUAUGAGAAUAAAUUUAAAAUAGGAGAGAAUUUCACAUACGAAGCUCAAGAGUACUACGUGGAAAAGGAAGACAUUUAUGGAGGGAUGUGGUUCUCUAUGUUUGGUGGAGCAGUCACUUCAGUGUGA